GGGAAUCAUCGAACCCUCUUUCUCUUCUUCCUCCGUUUCUCCGAUUUCUUUCUGAAAUUAGAGGCUAUGAUGACCAAAAUCUACCUAUUUUAUGAGAGGGCUAAUCUCCUCUCUGAUUAAGGUACAUGCCAAUGGAUCCUUCUGAGCCUCCGCCGCUUUCUUGAUCUGCUAUUUGUGCGCGCCGGUAAGACUCGGCCCUUAUUCUUACUUCAUUUCUCCGUCCUGUUUCCGAUAUCAGAGGCUGUGAUGUCCAAAAUCUACCUAUUUUAUGAGAGGGCUAAUCUCCUCUCUGAUUAAGGUACAUUCCAAUGGAUCCUUCUGAGCCUUCUCUACUUUCUUAUUUUUCUCCGAUUUGAUCAAGAUAGAUCUGUGCUACUGGCCGUUGGCGUGAUGAUCCCUUUCUAGGAAUGCAACACAUGUCGAAUAAAUAAAUCAGACUACAAUUAUCUGAUCAACGGCGACAUCGAUUUUGUUUCCGAUCGCGUCUUUUGUUGCUUCGAAUCGCACUUGUUUUCUUGUUUCGUUUUCGGUUUCUUUUCUCUAAGACAACAAUGCAAGUCUGUGAAAUCGAGUAGUACCUGUGCACGAUAAGCCGAUGCUCCGGACUCCUAAGGGAAGAAGGAAGGUAGCAUGGUAGGGUGCACAAAGAGGAAAGAACGGGUCAUCAUGUCUGCUCUCGUUGACGCCUUCGGGCAUUGAUCCUGCGGGCCUGGAUUCGACCCACAAUCAAUCCCAUUCUUGUUUCUUCUCUGUUCUCUUUCCUUCUGCUUCUCGUUAUUUCAAUUUUUUUGCCAUUCGAUGCAGUUUGCUUCGUAUCAUAUAUCAGACGGCGUAAUGGAAUUGUGAUACGUAGUGGUAAUUUUCUAUUUUUCUUGAUGCUUGGGCUUUAAAAGUAGUUUUUCUAUUGCUUAUAAAAAGCCUAUUGACGAGGAUUAGAAAUUCCUCGUUAGCUUCAGAUCGGUCAGAGGUAGGAUCAUUUCUAGGAAACCACGAUCGUCGUCGACGACAAGAGCAGGAAUAGGCCUGAGGUCGUAGGUGUCGUGGGAAACAAUUUUUUUAAGCCGUGGCCUCUGGACUUUCGCGGUUCGGUUCGAGGGUCCGGAUGUCAGGAUCUCCCUGGGGCGUUCCUCGGGGUCUCCCGGUGGCCGAGCACGGUGGUUCGGGUUGGGAGGUCGGGUCGGGAGGAAGCUCCGCCGUAGCGUCAGGAAGAGGCGACACCGUCUCGCACCUGCACACAGGUCGGGUUGGGAGCUCGGCCCGACUCCUUCGACGAUCAAGUCAGCGAUGUGGAGAGGAUUGUGGAUGAGGCAGAAGAAGAGCCUCUGAGUGUUUUGUGUUUGAGAGGUAGGCUGAUAGCGUCUGGCAUGGGGUUGGCGUGGCGUGAAGAAUCAAGCCUGAGUUAGGUGUUAAUGCGUCUCAGUCAGCAUUCUGAUCAAUUUCGAGAUGCGUGACUGGAGCACAGAUAGCAUGCGCGACGGAGGGGAUGGUGGGUGGCUCCGCUUUAGAAACAUCCUAAUAUUGGGUGCGACAUCGUUUAUUGUCGGUGGGAGAGGAGGCGGUGGCGUGUUGAGCACAGAUAGCAUGCUGUCGAGCCAAACGUGGAGGUCGAAGUGGAUGUAUUGGAUGGAGUCCAAUGUGAUCUGGGAACGAGGGAGGUGUCGUUGCUGGCCGUUGCAGUCCAGCUGUCGGAACGUUUUUGCGAUAGACGAUCGCACUGUGUAGUCGACAGCAUCCAAUGACAAUCGCCCUUUUUUAUUAUUUUGAUAUAUAUAUAUAUAUAUAUAUAUUAUAUUCUCAUUCAUUCAUUCGUUGUCUAGCAUCUCCAUCCUAGUUAGACACGCUAACCCAAUCCAACGGCAGCGAGAGCAUGAUUCUGUUCCCACCACAACAAUCAUGCACCUAACAACUAAACCCGCACGUCUUGAACUGGUUCUUCACCUCCUCCGUUAUAAAAUGAAACCAAAAGUGAACCGGUAAUCAAGGUGGAUAUCCAUGGAGGAAUCGGGCAAGAAGCACUUCAUCCUCGUGCAUGGGAUCUGCCAAGGCGCAUGGUGCUGGUACAAGCUCAUCACCCUUCUCAGGUCAGCCGGCCAUUUCGUCAUCGCCGUCGACCUCGGCGCCACCGGGGUGGACCCACAGAGGCUCGACGAGCUCAGCUCCAUGGACGACUACGCCCGCCCGCUGUUCCACGCCAUCGCCUCCCUCCCGCCUCACCAGAAGCUGGUCCUCGUCGGCCACAGUUUCGGCGGAGCCAGUGUCUCCCUUGCUAUGGAGAAGUUCCCCGACAAGAUCUCCGUCGCCGUCUUCGUCACCGCCGUCAUGCCGAGCACCACCGUUGCCAUGGCUGCCCUCACGGACGAGUUCUUCAAGGGGCAUCCACAAGAAGCCUACCUGGAUUCGAAGGUCUCGAUCAGCUCAGAUCCCCAGAACCCUUCGAGCAGGAUAGAGUUCGGCCCCGAGUACAUGUCGAACAGACUGUACCAGCUCAGCCCAGCUGAGGACCUGACGCUGGGGACGCUGCUGGUGAGGCCAGGGAGUUGGUUUUUGGGCGAUCUGCUACGCGAUGGAAUUGUCACGGAGGAGAAGUACGGGUCGGUGAGAAGGGUGUUCAUCGUGUGCAAGGAGGACUUGGCCAUGGCCGAGGGCUACCAGCGUUGGAUGAUAGAAGCCAGCCCGGGGGCGGAAGUGGAGGAGAUCGAAGGUGCCGAUCAUAUGGUGAUGCUCUCCAAGCCGGCGGAUCUGUGCAAACUCCUCCUCGAGAUUGCCGCAAGAUAUUGAUGUCAAAGGCACAUACGUGUCGGUGGUGCUAUGUAGUUUCUGGAACAUGAACGAUUAAUAAAAUACAAUAAAUAUUUGCCAUCUAAAAACAA